AAGAAGAGCUGCAGGGAACAACCUGUCUGCUCCUGCACCCUUCCAACCCCCAGCAUGGCAACUCCCAUGAAAGGUUUGGUCUCCAACCAUGCCAGAUAUGUUCAAUCUUUCAAUGUCUUCCUUGCCAAGUCCACCGAGCACCAGAGCAUGGGGGAGUUCCUGGAGACACAGCUGCCAGCUGUGAUAGCAAGUAUUGGAAAUGGGAAGUCUACAAUCAAUAUUCUCAGUGUUGGUGGUGGAGCAGGUGAGAUUGACCUGCUGAUCCUCUCCAAAGUACAAGCCAGAUAUCCAGGGGUUUCCAUCAACAAUGAAGUGAUAGAACCAAGCGGUGGCCAAAUCACAAUGUACAAAGAGCAUGUGGCUAAGAUGUCAGACCUUGAGAAUGUAAAGUUUACCUGGCAUAAGGAGACAUCUUAUGAAUUUGAAAGUCAAAUGAACACAGAAAAGAAGUCUAAAAAAUGGGACUUCAUUCACAUGAUCCAGGUGCUGUAUUAUGUGAAAGACAUCCCAGCAACUAUCCAAUAUUUCCACAGCUCCCUGGAAACCCAGGCGAGGCUCCUCAUUAUUGUAGGCUCAGAAAACAGUGGCUGGAAAAGGCUGUGGAGGAAGUAUGAAACUUCCUUCCCUUUAGAAGGUCUCUGCACUUACAUCUCCUCUGAUGACAUCAAAAGGAUUCUGGAUUCAGCUGGGAUGAACUAUCAGGUCCAGGAGCUCCCAUCCCACUUGGACAUAACAAGCUGCUUUACUGAGGGGAACAAGGAUGGAGAGCUGUUGCUAGAUUUCCUGACAACUACUUGUGACUUUUCUAAAACCGCUCCUCCUGAACUAAAGCGUCAGGUAAUGGAAGAGUUAAGAAAGCCUGCAUGCAGUGAAGAAAGAGAUGGGAAGGUGCUUUUUAAUAACAACAUGAGUGCAAUAGUGAUCGAGCCGUGAGUUAACUUCUUG